UUACAGAUGUGUGAUUGCUGGACAUUAUAUAGGGCUUAUGUAAUUCUGACUUGCUCAGUUGGCUAUUGGGUGUGACUAAUCAAUUUUUCACAAGCUUUGUAAAUAGGUGUAGACUAACUGAACUGCUUGCUUAUGGGCUAUUCCCAACAGUGGAGAGCAAUAAAUGAAAAUAACACUGACUAACCAUAACCUGGCUAGAGACGCGGUACCAGGUUGUGCAGGGGUACUAAGGAAUUGAAGUAGUUAAGUGACUAGGCAACGGGAUGAAUGGUGACAAGUCAAGAGGGCAAAAAAGGGUGAAUGCAGAUCAUCUAUAGCUAUUGGUUAACAAGCAGGUGGGUAGGAACUGCAGUGUCUUGAUUCCAGACUUGGUGCAUCAGUUUUUUUACUUGACAUCAUGGGGAAAUCAGCGAAGACCUCAGAAAAAAAUUGGAGACAUCUACAAGUCUGGUUCAUCCUUGGGAGAAAUUUCCAAACGCCUGCAGGUACCACGUUCAUCUGUACAAACAAUAGUACGCAAGUAUAAACCCCAUGGGAUCACGCAGCCGUCAUACCGCUUAGGAAUGAGAUCCGUUCUGUCUCCUAGAGAUGAACAUACUUUGGUGUGAAAAGUGGAAAUCAAUCCCAGAACAACAGCGAAGAACUUAAAUGUAAAUGUUAAAUGUUUAGACUAGUUGAGUAUCUGGAGCAUCAGGAUUUGUGGGUUCGAUUACAGGCUAAAAACGGCCAGAAAAAAAGACCUUUCUUCUGAAACUCGUCAGUCUAUUCUUGUUCUGAGAAAUGAAGGCUAUUCUAUGCGAGUAAUUGCCAAGAAACUGAAGAUCUCGUACAAUGCUGUGUACUACUCAGAAGAGCACAAAUUGUCUCUAACCAGAAUAGAAAGAGGAGUGGGAGGCCCCGGUGUACAACUGAACAAGAGGACAAGUACAUUAGUGUCAAGUUUGAGAAACCGAUGCCUCACAAGUCCUCAAUUGGCAGCUUCAUUAAAUAGUACCCGCAAAACACCAGUCUCAAAGUCAACAGUGAAGAGGCGACUCCGGGAUGCUGGCCUUCUAGGCAGAGUUGCAAAGAAAAAGCCAUAUCUCAGACUGGCCAAUAAAAAUAAAAGAUUAAGAUGGGCAAAGGAACACAGGCACUGGACAGAGGAAGAUUGGAAAAAAGUGUUAUGGACAGACAAAUCUAAGUUUGAGGUGUUCGGAUCACAAAGAAGAACAUUGGUGAGCUGCAGAAAAAAUGAAAAGAUGCUGGAGGAGGCAAUGUGAUGGUCUGGGAGUGCUUUCGUGGUGGUAAAGUGGGAGAUUUGUAUACAGGUUAAAAGAGAUCUUGAAGGAAGGCUAUCACUCCAUUUUGCAAUGCCAUGCCAUACCCUGUGGACAGCGCUUAACUGGAACCAAUUUCCUCCUACAACAGGACAAUGACCCAAAGCUCAGCUCCGAACUAUUUAGGGAAGAAGCAGUCAGCUGGUAUUCUGUCUAUAAUGGAGUGGCCAGCACAGUCACCCGAUCUCAACCCUAUUGAGCUGUUGUGGGAGCAGCUUAACUGUAUGGUACGAAAGAAGUGCCCAUCAAACCAACUUGUGGGAGGUGCUUCAGGAAACAUGGGGUGAAAUCUCUUCAGAUUACCUCAAUAAUUGACAACUAGAAUGCCAAAGGUCUGCAAGGCUUUAAUUGCUGCAAAUGGAGGAUUCUUUGACGAAAGCAAAGUUUUUGAAGGACACAAUUAUAAUUUCAAUUAAAAAUAAUUAUUAAUAACCUUGUCAAAGUCUUGACUAUUUCCUAUUCAUUUUGCAACUCAUUUCAUGUAUGUUUUCAGGAAAACAAGGACAUUUCUAAGGGACCACAAACUUUUGAACGGUAGAGAAGAUUUUUAAAAUUUAUAUAUUUAUUUGGAGUUGGCAUAACAAUUGUGAGUUCAUUCACCGCUGUCUUUCUCCAGAGAGCUACAGGAUUUUAAACCAUUAAAUAAUAGAGGGCUAAAUGGAUGGAUUUCCUAGAUGACUGAAAACAAUUGGCACUGGUAGUUAUACAUUAAUGAGGUCUCUCUCUAUCCCCCCCUCCAGGUUGUUCUACAUGAUGGUGGUGUUCUUUGUGUUCCGGAUGCGGUUCUAUGCUGCAUGGUGUGGGGCAGAGGCUGGCUACAUGAGCGCAGGACUGGGCUGUUACCCAGAGGGGGCGCUCUCCAAGCCGGGAGGUGGUCCCACUGUCAACUACAGCCCUGACCCUGAAAGUCCGGUUGUGUACGACUUCAAAACCAUCCAGAACAUUGACCCAUACAACACUGACUUCUGUGUGAAGGUCCGCCACCGGAUGCGCUACUGGAACAUGACUGUGCAGUGGUGGCUGCAUCACUACAUCUACCCCAACUCCCCCUUCAAGGCUUACGCACUCAAGGGCCCUAUGGCUGGAUGGACCAUGUUCAUCAGUGCAUACUGGCACGGGCUUCACGCUGAGUACUACCUGUCAUUCCUCACCAAUCCCCUGUGCAUUGCGGCUGAGUCGGCAAUGGAGGCAUCGGUCAGGGCCAAGCUGGGGCCCCGGGGUCAGAGUGCCUUCGACUGGGUCCACUGGUUCCUUAAGAUGAGGGCCUAUGACUACAUGUGUAUGGGCUUUGUCCUGCUGAAGGCCAGCGACACGGUCCACUACUGGAGCUCCAUCUACUUCAUCAUCCACAUCAUCGCCCUGGCCUGCAUUCUGUUCGGGAGGCUGAUGAAGGGAGGAAAGAGGGCGAGAAAGAAGAGUGAAAAGGAGGAGAAAAUUGAGGGGGAGAAGAUAGAGGUGAAGCAAGAGGACGUGAGAGAGAAGACAGAGUGAGAAUGGAUUGAUGGGAGGAUGUACUAUAUGGGGAGGAUUGGUUUACUAAAGAACUACAAUUCCCACAAUUCACUGUCUGUCACUGAUCUGUAUGGGUCACUUUUGUCAGUUAGGUCCAGUGAUGUCUCCCCUGGUAGAGAAGAGUUAUGUUCAAUCCCGAACUGGCCCCUAGACCCUACUAGGGUUUGACUUGCAGUUGGGAGGUAGAAUAGAUGAAGUUGUAGGAUUUCCCUAACCAGGAGACAUCAUUGGACUGUUAGCUGAAUACAGUGAACCCUUAUGAACAUUGUUGUAACCCAGUAACAGUUGCCAUGAUGAUAUUACAUUACAAACCACGUGUACAUACAGGUAUAAUUGGGUGAAAGAAUGUUUGCUUUAAUUAAUGUUAUUUUUGAUGUGUGAGUGGCAAAGUUCAGGGGGAUGUAAAUUAUUCAGCUACUUCACUUGUAUGUAUGUGUGUGAUUAUUUCAAAUCACAGUCGAUUUUCAUACAAAUAUAGGCUGUAGGUUCAAGAUGCUGCCUUGAAACGGAGUAGAAAGUACUGUAUAACCACAGCGGCACAUCCCUUGAAUCCAUUCAUAGAGCAAGGACUGAAUUUGAACUGGGAUCUAAGUAUGUUACUCAGUCUGUAUUUUUGCCUAAAUCUCUAAUCCCAUUGACAUAAAUGCAUGAUUUAUCUCAAGCCAUGACCAGAUCAACAAUGCAUUUUCCCGGGGCAACAAGACUUUCUGCUUCUUUAUAUUUUCGAGUUUUCAUUGAUCAGGCCGUUCCUAUGAUAAGUUAUAGAAUAGUGCAGAAAACUGAACUUUGGAUAACCAUGAGUACGUACUGAGUUAUACUUGUCUAGGUUUAAAACGCAUAUAGAGGAUCCAUUCAUAAUGAAUGUGGCAGUUGUAUACGUUCUCUUUCCUCAACAUUCUUAGUAGGUUUUGUAUUAUGAUAAGAUGAUCAUUUCUCCCUUAUCUCCAAGUUGAAAGGAAAACAAAUUCUCUGUCAUUAAGUGGAGCCAUCCUCAGUGAUUUGUUCUGAGUAAAGACCAAGAAACUUGAAAUAACUUUCACUGUGUCAAGAGGGGCUACUGGAACCAAAAAGACCAGUGCAAAUUUUAGAAUGGAAUCUGUGGUUUAGAAAAAUACAAUACAAAAUGUCGUUUUGGGUGAUCUUCUGAAAUGUUCUCUUUUGAUAUGAUUUGACCUGUAAAUGAGCAUUUUACUCAUCUCUUCUUCUUUACAAAAAUGAUCUGUCCUGCAUUCCGUAGUCAUUAGUUAUUUGAUUAGUAAUCUCUUGUGGACAGAUGCAUGUAACAUAAAUAGAGCAUCUGCUGCAAUUACGCCAGAAUUGAGUUCUGGGUGUCUGAGAUUAUUUGAUUAGAGAUGUAAUUUUAUACUGUAUGGUGAAUAUGUAUUUAUUGUUCUUUAUUGUUGUCUGUGUAUCACUGGCUACAUCUCAGAUGACACCCGGCUAUUCCCCAGACAGUGCACUACUUUUGGUCAGACCUGGGCCAAAAGUAGUGCACUAUAUUAGGAAAUAAGUUGCCUCAGUCAGAACAUUUUGUCAGUGACUGAGGACUGACUGACUGCUAAGGUAAGGUUGUAGAAAGACCAAGCUACUACCUUACCAGUCAGUCCUCAGUCACUGCCAAAAUGUUUGACUGCCAUCUUAUUACAAAUGUAAUGGUAUUACUAUAUAAUUAAAAAUAUAUAUAUUGUGCUGACAGUAGAAUAAAAAAAGUUAUUUGGAAUGAUAUUUCUUGUCAUUUAAUUUACUAGAUAGCAUGGAAGCAUUGUAUUAUUAUUGUUUACCACAAUCUGAUAUAGCCAAACCAUCCCUCCUUUUCCUUGUGCCAAAACCCGAGCCCCGAAGAAACGACUCCCUUGUUUUUUUAUCAGCCAACUCAUUUCAGUACAUGACCAGUACAGAACACAUUCCUUGAUGGUUGCUUCUCCAUCUUUCUCUCUGUCACGUGUAAUAUUUCUUGUGUAUUUUUGUUUGUUUCUGAAUGGUUUCACCUUGAUACUAUGAUGAUUGUAACUCUCCCUGCCUUGUAACAGUUCAGUGUUACCAACGGAAUACAUGUCUCAGCUAUUCAA